CCCACCCUCCCCCGGACCCCCUACUCCUCCGCGGUGUGGUAUGGUCCCCUCCGUGCGGCCCUGAGAUCCGGACUGGGGCCUAAGGGGCGGGGCGCCCACUUUAGGGACAUUUCAGUGGGAAGGGCCUGCUCUCAAAGUGGAUUAUUCCAACUCCCUUGGGGGCGGGAAGUGGGGAUCCUCCCCCAGCCGCAAGUCCACGAAGAAAGCAACGGAUGAAGAUGAUGAAGACGAGGAGUCAGACUCUUCCGGGUCGCCCUCUAACUGCUUCGGCUUCAUCGCCUACUCCGUGAACACCGGGGAGAAAUCUCGAGUCAAGAUUAAGACCUUAACCCAACCUGCCCAUUCCGGCACCUCCGGGGCCGGCAGCUCUCGGUCCCCUUCUCCAUCGCCCUCGCCCAGAAAGAUCCGGUGCUUGGACCAGCUAGAGUCUGAGAAAGAGGAGAGGCUCAAAUCCCUCUCCAGAAAAAGGAGAGCUAAAGAGGGCAAACCCAACGAUAUGCUUGACUUUCUGAGGCUGGGAACACCUUCCACCAUGACCACCUCAGCAAGUUCCCACCUAAACAAAGGCAUCAAGCAGGUGUACAUGUCCCUGCCUCAGGGCGAGAAAGUCCAGGCCAUGUAUAUCUGGAUCGAUGGUACUGGAGAAGGACUGCGCUGCAAGACUCGGACCCUGGACAGUGAGCCCAAGUGUGUGGAAGAGUUGCCUGAGUGGAAUUUCGAUGGCUCUAGUACUUUACAGUCUGAAGGCUCCAACAGUGACAUGUAUCUCGUGCCUGCGGCCAUGUUUCGGGACCCUUUCCGUAAGGACCCUAACAAGUUGGUGCUGUGUGAAGUUUUCAAGUACAAUCGAAAGCCUGCAGAGACCAAUUUGAGGCACACCUGUAAACGGAUAAUGGACAUGGUGAGCAAUCAGCACCCCUGGUUUGGCAUGGAGCAGGAAUAUACUCUCAUGGGGACAGAUGGGCACCCCUUUGGUUGGCCUUCCAAUGGCUUCCCGGGACCCCAGGGUCCAUAUUACUGCGGUGUGGGAGCAGACAGAGCCUACGGCAGGGACAUUGUGGAGGCCCAUUACCGUGCCUGCUUGUAUGCUGGAGUCAAGAUUGCGGGGACUAAUGCCGAGGUCAUGCCUGCCCAGUGGGAAUUUCAAAUUGGACCCUGCGAAGGAAUCAGCAUGGGAGAUCAUCUCUGGGUAGCCCGUUUCAUCUUGCAUCGUGUAUGUGAAGACUUUGGAGUGAUAGCAACCUUUGAUCCUAAGCCCAUUCCUGGGAACUGGAAUGGUGCGGGCUGCCAUACCAACUUUAGCACCAAGGCCAUGCGGGAGGAGAAUGGUCUGAAGUACAUUGAGGAGGCCAUCGAGAAACUAAGCAAGCGGCACCAGUACCACAUCCGUGCCUAUGAUCCCAAGGGAGGCCUGGACAAUGCCCGACGCCUAACUGGAUUCCACGAAACCUCCAACAUCAACGACUUCUCUGCUGGUGUAGCCAAUCGUAGCGCCAGCAUACGCAUUCCCCGGACUGUCGGCCAGGAGAAGAAGGGUUACUUUGAAGACCGUCGCCCCUCUGCCAACUGCGACCCCUUUUCGGUGACGGAAGCCCUCAUCCGCACGUGUCUUCUCAAUGAAACCGGCGAUGAGCCCUUCCAGUACAAAAACUAAGUGGACUAGACCUCCAGCUGUCGAGCCCCUCCUAGUUCUUCAUCCCACUCCAACUCUUCCCCCCUAGUUGUCCCAAUUGUAACUUGAAGGGUGGAAUAUCAAGGUCUUUUUUUUCCUUGUGCCCAUUUAAUCUUGCUUUCUUUGUUCGGCUGGGAUAGAGGGGUCAAGUUAAUAAUUUCUUCACACCCACCCUCCUUUUUUUCCCUAUCACUGAAGCUUUUUAGUGCAUUAGUGGGGAGGAAAGAGGGGAAACAUAACCACUGCUUCCAUUUAAUGGGGUGCACCUGUCCAAUAGGCAUAGCUGUCCAGACAGAGCAGGUUUGCAAGAGGGAGACUUCAAGGUAGCUGAAACGGGAAGACCUGGGUUACUCGAGUUAGGUUGGGACUUGCCCUCAUGGUGGAAACUUUUCUUAAGAUUAUAACCAACUUUUCUGUUGAAAGUGGGAAUUAGGAGAGAAGGUAGGGGUUGGAAUCAGGGCGAAUGGCCUUGGUCUCUUGUUUGUGGGACUAGCCUGGCUUGGGACUAAAUGCCCUGCUCUGAACACAAAGCUCAGUAAGCUGAUGGAUAUCCCUACCUUGAAAGAAGAAAAGGUUCUUAUUGCUUGGUCCUUGAUUUAUUACACAAAGCAGAAUAGUAUUUUUAUAUUUAAAUGUAAAGACAAAAAAUUAUAUAUAUGGUUUUGUGGACAAUGUGUGUUUUGCUAAAUGAAAAAACCAGGUCACAGGGGUACCACACUUGAAGCAGAGAGUCUGGAUUAGAAAUUAAAUAUCUCCUUUUGAGUAGGGAGUGAGGGAAGUGGUUCUUAGAAAGAUGGUGAUCUGCGGGUUAGGCCCUCAAGACCACUUUAGGGUUUCUGUCCUGCCCACCCUCUGGAGAAGGUGGACACUGGUUAACAUGACAAAUGUUACUAGCAGUCUACUUGCUGUCCGUGACUGGUUUAAAAGACACUUGUCCACGUGGGUUAGAGAUAAGAGUUGGCUGGUCAACUUGAGCAUGUUACUGACAGAGGGGGUAUUGGGGUUAUUUUCUGGUAGAAAUAGCAUGUCACUAAAGCAGGCCUUUUGAUAUUAAAUUUUUUAAAAAGCAAAAUUACAGAAGUUUAGAGUUUAAUCAAAUUUGUAGGGUUUCUAGGUAAUUUUUACAGAAUUGCUUGUUGCUUCAGCUGUCCCCUGCCUCUGCUCUUGGUGGAGACGGGGACGGCGCUGGAGCCAAAACGCUUGUAAUUUUGUAUCCUGGUGUCUUCCUCCCAGUGUGAAAUCUUCCAUCUCUUUGUUAAGACUGCUGAGAAAUUAUUUUUUUCUUUUGUAAUAAGAAACAAACUCCACCUUUAUUCCUUUACUUCCCCUACCAUUUUCUGGUUCUUGUGUUGGCUGAGGCAGGCCAGCUGUGACUUUCUCUUGCCAUGACGACUUCUAAUUGCCAUGUACAGUAUGUUCAAAGUCAAGUAACUCCUCAUUGUAAACAAACUCUGUAACUGCCCAGAGCAGCACUUAUAAAUCAGCCUAACCUAAGA